ACGGCGUCUGGAUGCGCGCUCGCGACUGGCGCUCGCGACACUAGCUUCCUCCAGCAGCACAGCGGGAGAGAGACAGUCAGAACGAGAACCAGGAAGUGAAAGCACACGCAUGGAGGGUGUGUCUGCCUCCGCCACCGUAUGUCUUAUUUCUUAGAACUCCGUCCUCCGCGGUCUGACUAAUGGGGGACUUGGCGAAGACCCGGCGGCGGGAGCAGCUGAAGCGCUGGGCCGGCUCGAGCACCGACAAAUCGUCGGAUGUUCCCAGGAGGAGGUGGCGGGGAGAUGCCGUGGACGGAACAAGGGAGCCCGAGGCCGUGCCUCCAGAGUCUGGGGUCAGAGAUGAAUGCAGCCCCAUCCUCAGACGAAGGAAACGGGUGAGGUUUGACAGGGCUGCCGAGUUCCUGGCAACAUGCGCAAGUGGGGACACGGAGGAGGCCAAAAUGAUGCUGGAGGAGGCCAAGGAGAUGGUGCACGAGGACGGCGUGGCAGACCUCAUAAACUGCUCCAACGCCGACGGCAUCACUGCUCUUCAUCAGGCCUGCAUCGACGGCAGCUUGGAAAUCGUGACGUUCCUCUUGGAGCAUGGGGCCAAAGUGAACCAGGUUGACAGCGAAGGAUGGACGGCGUUGCACGCCGCUUCCUCCUGCGGCCACCCCGACAUAGCAGAAUACCUUUUACAGAACGGAGCAUGUCUUUCUGCUGUGAACUGUGACGGCGAGGUUCCUCUGGACCUGGCGAUUGAUGAAACCACUGAGUCGCUCCUUCAGGAUUACAGCCAGAAGAUGGGUGUGGACUUGGAGGCAGCUAAGCGCCUGGAGGAGGAGCAGAUCAUGAAAGACGCGCGGGUCUGGCUGGCUGAGGGCCCCCCUGACAACGUUCAUCAUCCGAGAACGGGGGCCACCCCGCUGCACGUGGCGGCCGCCAAAGGCUACAUAGAAGCUCUAAAGAUCCUGUGUCAGUGCGGUCUGGACGUGUCGGCUACGGACCACGACGGCUGGACGCCUCUCCACGCCGCAGCUCACUGGGGUCAGGAGGAGGCGUGCCGCAUCCUGGCUGAACAGCUUUGCAACAUGCAGGCUCGCAGCAACGCGGGUCUGACACCAUUUGAAGUCGCAGAUGAAAGUGUGGAGGGGCUCCUGGAGGAGUUGUCACAGAAACAAGACAACUGGCGGAAUGAGCAGUCUAAACUGGACCGGCAGAACCAACAAGGUCCUCCUGCACAAGGCAAGAGGAGGAGGAGUUCUGUGUGCAGGAUGAGCAGCAGAGACAAGCUGAACGUGCAGGACCAGUCCAAAGAGAGGGGCGUCUCGGGGAGCCUGAGCGAGGAGAAGGAGAGCAGCCCGGAGAGCUCCACUGUUUCCAGUCCAGACUCGGAGAGCGUGACCACAGCCAGUCCUGCCGAGAAGACCUCGGAGGAGAAAGAGGAGGAGAAGGAGCAGGACAAGGCGAGCCGCACCGCCAGAGUCCAGCCCACUCCUCAGGCGAGGGACGCCGCAGCCGAGUCGCCCAACGCUGACAAGAAACAGCAGCAACCCAAACAGUUCCAGGCUCCAGUUAGAGAUGAAGAGUCCGAGUCUCAGAGGAAAGCUCGCUCCCGACUGAUGCGGCAGUCUCGCCGCUCCACUCAGGGUGUGACGCUAACGGAUCUGAAGGAGGCAGAGAAGAACGUGGGUAAAGCUGUGGACUCCCCACCUCGCAACGUCCAAUCUGUGAGCCCCAUCGUCACCAUCACGCCCGCCGAAAGAGACACCGACCCAGUGAAGCUGGUGGAGACGGACAGCAACAAGCGCCUGGGAGAGAAGGACAAGAGGCGAGCGAGGAGGGAGAGGCGCUCCACCGGGAUCGUCCGGCUGGAAGAAAUUGACGACGGUCAGCUGCAGGAGGAAAACAGCACUUCUGAGGUGAACCAACUGGAAGAUUUGUCUGCAGACUAUAAAAAGCUGUACAUCAACACGCUGCAGGAGAACUACACGCUGAAGGAAAAGCUGCAGGAGGUGGAGCUGCUGCUCAGCCAGAACAAAGUGGAGUUGGAGCGGCUCCGACAGAGUCAGGAAAGCGGCGCAGACAGGCCUGCUGUGCUGGAGCUGGAGAGAUUCGAGAAGUUGGCCCUCCAGAGGAAAGCAAUGGAAAUGGAGGAUGAGCUGAAGGUGCUGUCAGACAUCAGAGCAGACAACCAGAGGCUAAAGGACGAGAACGCCGCGCUUAUUCGAGUCAUCAGCAAACUCUCAAGAUGAGCCUGGAUAAUCCUUGAGAUUAAAAGUAUUACAGGAUGGAUCUGUUAGUGGAUCGAUGUGCAGAUUUCAGGGUCACUGACUUUGGGCUUUAGAUGUUUUGGCAGGUCUACUGUACACCAAGCUGAAAUGUACCUCUAGAGGACCGGCAGGACCUUCCUGUUCACAUUCAAUUUUAUAUUAAGUUUUUAUUGUAUUUUUUAACUGGAAUAUUUUAAUGGGCUUUGCUUCCGUGAUUCUUUGUAUCAACAUGUAUGAAGAGACGGGAAGCCGUGCACAGUGAGGGCUCACAGUAAUGUCCGCUUUCUUUUUUUGAAUGGUUGGAGGAAAAGCAGGGAAAAACCAUUUAGACGUGUGGGUGAACACACAGGAAACAACUCCAAUGUGCCAAAAGUAAAGAAAAAUACCAUUUUGCACAUUUUUUUGAUAAACUCCAAGUGGUCAGUGUUGUAGAUGUGCAGCGGGGCCUGCAGCUGUUGAAUUUUGGGUGCCAACCAUAGAUCGGGUGCCACUUGUGCUCAGAGUAGAUUUUAAAAAAUUGUUACGAAUGCGACCCCUUAGUAGUGUGUGUGUUAGUUUUUCACGUUGCCCUGUGGACUGGAUGAAAGCAGAAACUUCUGACCAAAGUAUUCCCCCCGUGAGUGCCGAUGUUUAUCCGGCAGGCCUGUAAAUGUUUACUUCAUUGUGAGAAAGAAAAUGCAUGUCGACUUACAUUUUUGUGCCUUUUGGAAACUUGUAAUAUUUCUAUUUUGCUUUUUGGCGAUGUACUGUUGUGUAUGAAAUACAAACUUGGGUAAAAGUGA